GAGCUAGAAGAAAGAUUCCAAAUUUAAAAAACCCAAAACCCAGACAACAGAGACUUGAAACGAGAGGUAGCUUUCAUGGUCUCGACGACUUCUUCACAAAUCGCGUUUUUGGAUUCUGGGUUCCUUUUUUCCUUUCCUUUUCAGGUGGGACUUGUUUCAACUGAACACCAGGUGUCCCAUGUGAAAGAUAUAUGAGAAGUGAUUUCAUUUGCCCUUAAUUUCUGAAAAAUAAAAUAAAUAAAUCCUAGUAGCUAAGCACCAAGUUUUUGAGAGAAGAUGUUGUGUGCUUGUUCCGGGGAGCAAUUUAAAUUGGAAGAGCCACCUCAGUCACCGGAGUCACUUGCCACAAGAGACUUCUCGGCGAGUGGCCUUUCAUCAAGAACUGGAGACUGGGAAUCAAAAUUUGAAGACAUUCAAGUGGAUGAAGCUGAAUCAACUCUAAAAGAAGCUCUUUCAUUAAAUUAUGAGGAAGCCAGGGCUUUGUUAGGGAGGCUUGAAUAUCAGAGAGGAAAUUUUGAUGCUGCCCUUCAAGUAUUUCAGGGCAUUGACAUAAAAGGUUUAACUCCAAGGAUGACCAAGGCUAUUGUUGAAAGAACUAGGCUGAGAAAGCCUCGUUCUAAAGGUGAUGUUGUGCCUGCUGGUAUAAUGUCAAUGCACUCCGUUAGCCUCCUUGUUGAAGCAAUAUUACUCAAGGCAAGAUCAUUGGAGGAUCUCGGAAGAUAUGUAGAUGCUGCAAACGAGUGUAAAAUAAUUCUUGACACAGUUGAAUCGGCACUGCCUAUUGGAAUGCCUGAGGGCAUUGGUGAAGACUUCAAAUUGCAGGACAUGUUUCAUAAAGCUUUAGAGUUGCUUCCAAAUCUCUGGACAAAGGCAGGUUUUCUUGACAAUGCUAUUACAGCAUAUCGCAGGGCUCUGGUCAAGCCAUGGAACUUGGAUCCGGAGAGGUUGGCUGCUGUACAGAAAAACUUGGCGUCUACAUUACUCUAUGGCGGUGUUGAAACAAACCUUCCUCUUCAGUAUCAAGUAUGGGGUCCAACUACUCCUAAAAACAGUGUAGAGGAAGCAAUCAUUUUGUUAUUGAUACUCAUGAGAAAGGUGUCAUCUCUUGAAAUAAAAUGGGAUCAAGAAAUCAUGGAUCACCUGACUUAUGCCCUUUCUGUUUCUGGACAAUUUGAACUAUUAGCAGAUCAUGUUGAACAGAUUCUUCCUGGAAUCUAUAACCGAGCCGAGAGAUGGUACUUUCUUGCUCUAUGUUAUAGUGCCGCAGGCCAGGAGGAAGUGGCUAUAAACCUUUUGAAAAAGGUUGCAGGCAAUUCUGAAGCAAAGCAAAUGCCCCACUUUCCUUCUUUCCUCUUAGGAGCAAAGCUGUGUUCCCAAGAUCCAAUUCAUGCGAAAGAAGGGAUUCAGUUUUCUAGUAAAGCAAUCAAUGUGGCCAAUAAUCAAUAUGAACAUUUCAGGGGCCAAGCCCAUAACUUCCUAGGGGUUUGUUAUGGCAGUGCAGCCAGAGCUUGUGUGUCAGAUUCCGAAAGACUUGUUCUUCAAAGGGAGUCUUUGAACUCUUUAAACCAUGCGGUUCUUAAUGAGAAGAAUGAUCCUGAAGUGUUAUUUAGCCUUAGCCUGGAAAAUGCAGUGCAAAGGAAUCUGGAGGCUGCUUUUGAUAAUGCAAUGGCUUAUACUGAUAUAGUGGCUGGCAGCACUGGACGCGGGUGGAAGCUAUUAGCCCUCAUUGUUUCUGCAAAGCAGCAGUUCAAGGAUGCUGAAAACAUAGUUGAUUUCGCUUUAGAUGAGGCUGCGAAAACGGACCAAUUAGAACUUCUCAGAUUGAAAGCUGUGCUUCAAGUUGCUCAGGAGCAACCCAAACAAGCAAUAGAAACCUACAGACUUUUGCUAGCUCUGGUUCAAGCACAAAGGGAGGUUCAAGCUAAGAAGUUUCAGCAAGUGCAGAACUUACAUUCCGAGGCAUUAGCAGAAAGAAAGUUGGAAACUGAAGCCUGGCAGGAUUUAGCUACCAUUUAUACAAAUCUCGGUUUGUGGUCUGAUGCAAAAAUAUGUGUUGACAAAGCCAAGUUAAUCGAGUUUUAUUCUCCCAGUAGUUGGCAUACAACGGGUAUGUUGUUUGAGACACAAUCACAAUACAAGGAAGCUCUUAUUUCAUUCUCACUCUCCUUGUCAAUACAGCCGGAUUAUGUUCCAAGUAUAGUUUCUACUGCCAAAGUGUUGAUGAAACUGGGUAGCCAAUCAUUCCCGAUUGCUAGAAGUUUUUUGAUGAAUGCUCUACGAUUAGAACCGACGAACCACGAAGCAUGGUUGAACCUCGGAUUGCUUUCGAAAUCUGAAGGGUUAUUGCAACAAGCAGCGGAGUUCUUUCAAGCUGCCCAUGAGCUAAAAAUGUCAGCUCCAGUGCAAAGCAUUGCAUGAUGUUGGGUUUCCUAGCUAACUUUAAACGUUCAAAUGUUAUAACGAGGGGAGAGUUCAUUAGAUUGGAUUUUCUGAAAUAUGAAUUUUAGUCUUGCUCCAUUCACUUUUGUAAGGAGUGUCAUUCCUUUUAUUAUGAUUGUAUAGUAGCCCUGGCUACCUCUCAGUAGCUUUUGAGUCACAAUGUACUUGGAUUUUACGCACACCUUUGCUUGCCAUUUGAUUCAUUUUGAUUGAAAUGUAUAGCUUUUAAUCAGUCCUGGAUGCUUUUCUGUGUAGCUUUUAGUUUUUGUUCUUUUAAUCAAAAUUUUGUUGAGCUCA